AUGGCCAUCGGCGGCUUCGUCAUGCAGGCCAUCCUGAUUCUUGUUGCCCCGGCCUUAUACGCAGCCUCGAUUUACAUGAUCCUCGGCCGCCUGAUUCGAACUCUCCGAGCCGACCACCUUUCCCUCUUGCCCGUGCCAUGGGUCACGAAGAUCUUCGUCACUGGAGACGUCGUCUCGUUUACAAUGCAGGCGGGAGGAGGCGGAAUCCAAGCAGCAGGAACCCUAGAGCUCUACGAUAUCGGCGAGAAGAUCAUCAUUGUUGGUCUUCUGGUUCAGAUUGUUGUCUUUGGGUUCUUUAUCGUUACGACUAUCCUAUUCCAUCAUCGAAUCAGUCGAAAGCCCACUACGAUUGCCAUAGAAGGGAUCGUUCCCUGGCGACGAUACCUCUGGGUCCUCUACAGCACCAGUCUUAUCAUCCUCGUACGAAGCGUCUUCCGAGUCAUCGAAUACCUACAAGGUAACCGCGGGUACCUUAUAUCACACGAAGCCUUUCUGUACAUUUUCGAUACCGUUCUUAUGGUCGCAGUCAUGGCGGUUUUCCUGAUUUGCGAUAGUGCCUGUAUGUUGGAAGAGCUGCCUGGAAGGCAGAAUGGCCGGAAAUAG